CCUUCGUCAGAGUACACAGUUCAGCCUUGCUCUGCUGUGGACCAUCGUAAGGAUGCGGGUGUUCUUCAUAUCCUUAGUGGUGGGGUGCGCGCUGGGGGCCACUGUCGAGCGGCCUCCUCGUCAGGUGUAUGGCGAUCGCAUCGACCUACAGCCGUCUUACCUGCCACCUACCGGACCCGCCCCAUGUGAGCCAGGUGUGGUGUACAGCACUCAGGUGAUCUACUCCACCGUAGUGAUCCCCUCCACCGUGUACAACAACAACGAGCAGGUCAUCACCCAGACUGAGGUCCGCACAGAGCAAAUCUUCACCACCGCCUUCUCGGAGAUAGUCAGCACCCAGGUGGUGACGUCCUUCCAGUUCCAGACAGUGACUGUGACCCGCACUGAUAACAACGUCCGGACAGAAUUCAUCACUGUGCCAGGCCAGGUCAACUUCGUCACAAGAACAAGAGAAGAAGUACGUACCCAAGUGCAGUUCCAGACACAGUUUACAACAGUGUUCCAGCAGGUGACCACAACCAUCACCAGGAACGUGUUCUCAACCGUGGUGGUGCCUCAGCAGGUGAUAAGCACCAUCUUCCAGACACAGACGGUGACCAGAACCCAAGAACUGCCUGGCCAGACCCGCACUAUAGACAGUACCCGGUUCAGCACCGUGUUUUCCACCAUAUUCGUGCCCGGACAGGACGCCACCCGGACAGAAACUGUUGUGAGAACAAACUUUGUCACCCGGACCAUCACACAGCCAGGCCAGACCCAGGUCAUCACCUCCACCCAAAUCAUCCCCCUCACUAGCACCGUUUUCUCCCAGAUAGUGAUCACCAACACCCAGACGCAGUUUGUGACGCGCACCCAGGUAAAGCAGCAGGUGACCACCGUCUUCCGCACACAGCAGGUGCCACAGUUCAACACCAGGACCGUCACCAGGACUCAGCAGGUCGUUAGUACGCAGUUUUCAACACAGCAAGUGCGUUCAACCAUCUUCAGCCAACAGGUGGUGCCCACUGUGGUCAACGUGCCUGGCCAGACACAGUUCCGCACGGUGUUCCGGACUGUGCUGAGGACACAGCAGCUGCCUGGCCGGGUCAGAACCCAGUUCGUGUCCAGAAUUGUGUACAUCACCAACUUUGUGACCUCCACCGUAUUCAACAAGCAGUUCCACACCAUCACGGCCACCCGCACCAAACAACCAUACUGCAACACAGGCUACAACUACUAUGGACAUUAGGAAGAUGAGUCGUCGUCGAGUACCAUGUUCAUAACUGACACAUUCAUGUAAAUAGUUAGUUGUAUGGAUACCUGCCAGCAAGAAGCUUUAUACUGUGCCCCGUGUUAGUGCAAGCUGCAGGUGCAACUAUCACACCGAUGAGUCUGUAUGAACGUAAUGCCGCCUGCAAUAUUGUCUUUGUAUUUAAAUUAUAACAUAAUCA